AUGCACGUGUGUCUGCGUGUUGCACGGAUCGUUCGAUUUUUGGCGCACAAUUAGGUAAUUUCUGGAAGUUAUUUUAAGAUCGAUCCUCGAAGAAAGUACAGAGAAAACGAAGGAUUGAAUGACAUACAAUAUCGCUUAAUUUUAACACAAAUAAUGCCGUCCGACGCGAAAAAGAAACAACAGCAAAAGAAAAAGGAGGCGGCGAAGGCCAGACAGUCUGGAAAGAAACCGGCUCAAACACCUCAGACAAAAGGCGCAGAAAAUGGUAAAGAGGGCAGUCCUGGUGUCGGAGUCAUUCAAAAUGGAACCAAUGGAACACCGAUCAGUGCAGAAGAGGCUUUAUGUUUAAAACUGGAAGCAGACGCCAGACUCAACGCAGAAGCACGUUCGUGUACUGGAUCAUUGGCUUCCCAUCCGCGUAGUAGGGACAUAAAGAUAUCUAAUUUUUCUAUCACUUUCCACGGCUGUGAAUUGCUGCAGGACACUAUGUUAGAAUUAAAUUGUGGUAGACGUUAUGGUUUACUCGGGCUCAAUGGUUCUGGAAAGUCUACUUUGUUGUCCGUACUUGGAAAUCGAGAAGUUCCUAUCCCUGAUCAAAUUGACAUAUUUCAUUUGACCAGGGAAAUGCCUGCUAGCAAUAAAACAGCUUUAGAGUGCGUGAUGGAGGUCGACGAGGAACGUAUUCGGUUAGAGAAACUUGCUGAGGAACUGGUGGAGUGCGAAGAGGAGGAUGCUCAAGAACAACUUAUGGAUGUUUACGAAAGGUUAGAAGAUAUGACUGCUGACACUGCUGAAGCUCGUGCUGCUCAUAUUUUACACGGUCUGGGCUUCACUGCAAAAAUGCAAAGAACUCCUACUAAAGACUUUUCUGGAGGCUGGCGAAUGAGGAUCGCUCUUGCUAGGGCUUUGUAUGUAAAACCUCACCUAUUGUUACUUGACGAGCCUACCAAUCAUUUGGACCUUGAUGCUUGCGUAUGGUUGGAGGAAGAGUUGAAAACAUACAAAAGAAUUUUGGUCAUCAUUUCUCAUUCACAGGAUUUUCUUAAUGGCAUUUGUACAAAUAUCAUUCAUGUGAAUAAGAAACAGUUAAAAUAUUAUAGCGGUAAUUAUGAAGCUUUUGUCAAGACAAGGAUGGAAUUACUGGAAAAUCAAGCGAAACAAUAUAAUUGGGAACAGGAUCAAAUCGCUCACAUGAAAACUUACAUUGCACGGUUCGGUCACGGUUCGGCGAAAUUAGCCAGGCAAGCACAAUCUAAGGAAAAGACUUUGGCAAAAAUGGUAGCGCAAGGGCUUACAGAAAAGGUUGUCAACGACAAAGUACUGAACUUCUACUUUCCUUCUUGUGGAACUAUUCCACCUCCUGUUAUAAUGGUUCAAAACGUUAGUUUUCGUUACAACGAAGAUUCGCCUUGGAUUUAUAAAAACUUAGAAUUCGGUAUAGAUUUAGACACCAGAAUUGCAUUGGUUGGUCCUAAUGGUGCAGGGAAGAGUACUCUUUUAAAAUUGCUAUAUGGAGAUUUGGUUCCAACGAGCGGCAUGAUACGUAAGAACAGCCAUUUACGAAUUGGGAGAUACCAUCAGCAUUUACAUGAACUAUUAGAUUUAGAUAUGUCGCCUUUGGAUUACAUGAUGAAGGCUUUUCCAGAUGUUAAAGAACGCGAAGAGAUGAGAAAGAUCAUUGGUCGUUAUGGGUUAACCGGUCGUCAACAAGUAUGUCCAAUACGCCAGUUGUCCGAUGGUCAACGUUGCAGAGUAGUAUUUGCAUGGCUUGCCUGGCAAGUACCACAUUUGCUCCUUCUCGACGAACCUACGAAUCAUUUAGACAUGGAAACAAUCGAUGCUUUAGCUGACGCAAUUAAUGAUUUCGAUGGUGGAAUGGUACUCGUAUCUCACGAUUUCAGAUUAAUUAAUCAGGUUGCAGAGGAAAUUUGGGUAUGUGAAAACGGUGCCGUCACAAAAUGGAGCGGAAAUAUUUUAGAUUACAAAGAACAUCUUAAAAACAAAGUUCUGAACGACAACCAAAAAAGGCAAAAGGAUUUACAUAGAAGCAAAUAAUGUAAACAGUAAUCCGCUGUGCUCCGUUUCAUUUUCCUCUAUAUUAUGGCAACUUUAUCUCUUCCCCCCUUUUUUGGACAUUUAUUCGCAACUGGGCACUGAAUUCACGCUGCUGUGUAGCGUUGUCAGUGAUCGAGAGUUUUUUAGUUAAUUUAUUUAAAUGAUACAGCAAGUUUUUCUGUGACAACUUACAGGAUUUACUCAUGGUGUAUUUGCCAUGUUAGGUAUUCAACGUCAAUAAUGUACUGGAAGAAAUAUUAAUUGGAUGCAUACACACACAUAUAUACACACAGAAAUACACACGUACGCAUAGAUUAUUACGGAAUAUUAAAAAAAUAAAACACGUUUAAAUAUUAUACAAGACACGAAAAAAUACUCAAUUUUUCUCUUAAAAUUCAACUUUAUUAUAAAUUCCUAUUUAUCUAUAAAUUAAUUUGAUUCUCGUAGAUAUAAAAAAUAUAUGUGUAUAAACAGUUAUAAAUACUUAAUAUAGUUGACAAAUGACAUGGUUCUCGAAAUAUAAUUUUCAUCUCAGGUAUAUAUAAAAAUACUCUGAUAUUUAGUAUUAAAGGAAGACUAAAAGAUCGCGUAUAUCCAUAUCACAAAAUAUCUCUGGUGUUCUUUAUCGUGAAAAUAUUUGAAUAUAUAUAUACAUAUAUAUAUAUAUAUCCUACAAUAUUUUUUAAUACGUCACGAAAAUAAUGUAUGCAUUUUUGUAACAAUUAUGAUUGCAUAACAUGUAAAACACUAAAUAUUGUCAGUAGAAAACGAAGUUGCACUGUUGGGUUUUGGACCUUCACGUAAUAAAAAAA